UUGAGGGAUAGGUAGGUCGCAGGGUCUGGGGAAGGUGUAUCGCAGUCCAGCGGUGUUCUCUGGAGCUCUGCUUGGCCCAACUCCACCAUCCAGGGUCCCGGAACAGAGAGCGUGCUGGCCCAUCCAGAUCUCGGGUCUCCAGGCCCCUCCUUUGGCCCCGCCUUGUAGGUGUGACAGUUGCCGAAGUCUCAAUGGGGGUUGGAACUUCUAGAUCAAAGCUGGAAUGGCUACCCACUACACUUCAGUGACCUAAGGGCCUCCAACUAGGCCCUUCUAAAAGGUUCUACCUCCCUCUUUCACUGCCCUCUGGGGCUAGACUUUAAUCAUAAAAGUCUGGGUGGGGAGAGACACAAACUAUACUCAAACCCUAGCACUAAGGAAAGCAGGACACAUUGGAAAGGUUUCUUUUCUUUUUUUUUGGUUUUUUAGAGACAGGGUUUCUUUAUGUAGUUUUGGUGCCUGUCCUGGGUCUUGCUCUGUAGACUAGGCUGGUCUUGAACUCACAGAGAUCUGCCUGCCUCUGCCUCCCGAGUACUGGGAUUAAAGGUGUGCGCCACUGCCGCCCGGCCAUUCAAAAGGUUUCUAAUUGUAACAAAAAUUGAAUCAAAAAAUUGAAUUGAGGCUGGGUGCGGUGGCAUAUACCUUUUAACACAGCUCUUGGGGGCAGAGAGGCAGGUAGAUUUCUGUGAGUUCAAGGCUAACCAGAUAUAUAUAGUAAGACCCUGUCUCAAAACAAUAAAAUAAGGGGCUGGAGAGAUAGCUUAGCUGGUUAAGAUCACUGACUGCUCUUCCAGAGGUCCUGAGUUCAGUUCCCAGCAACCACAUGGUGGCUCACAACCAUCUGUAAUGAGAUCUGGUGCCCUCUUCUGGCCUGCAGGUAUACAUGUGGACAGAACACUGUAUACAUAACAAAUAAGUAAAUCUUAAAAAUAAAUAAAAUAGAGCCAGGUAUGGUGGUACAUGCCUGUAAUUCUAGCACUCAGGAUAUGAUAUCUAUGAUAGAUAGAUAGAUAGAUAGAUAGAUAGAUAGAUAGAUAGAUAGAUAGAUAGAUAGAUAGAUGUAUACACCGAGUGUUAUGACAAGAAACUCAGGCCAUGUUUAGGACAACACUGUAGUGUAGGGCAAAGGGGAUUGGAGUGGGGAAGGGUGUAAACAUAUUUCCUCCUCUGGACUCUGCUUGUGCUUAUGGAUGAUACUGGGUUCUGUGGCAGGUUGUCUGAGCCCACGCACACUCACAGAAGUUGUACAAUGUGGUGAUGACUACAGAUGUUUGCUGAUGACUCACUAGCUGAACCUUGGAAGAUGACUGGCUUCCCAGUUCCAAUUGAAAGAGAAAAAGUCAACCGACUAUUUAUUGGGCUGGGCCUUUGGGAAGGAACCAUGUUUGAUACAGAGUAUGUGUUAAGCAGUGUUAACCAGACUGAGUAGUAAACUCUAUGUCAGUUAUGAAUCCAAGGAACUUAUACUGCCCCAGCACCCUUCAACUCCUACUCAAGUUUCAUGACCAAAGAAAGGUCUCCUCCCCCAGGAAGCCUUCCCUGAGGUGGGUGCCCAAACUGGCCCAACAGGUCCUUGGACAUUCUUGAAUCAAAGUACUUAGCAUGCUGAAGUUUGUUUGGAGACAGGGUCUCUCUAUGCCAUCAUCACUGUCUGUGAACUCAUGUAGACCAGGCUGGCCUGGAACUCACAGAGAUCUGCCUGCCUCUGCCUCCCGAGUACUGUGGUUAAAGGCACACCUAGACACUUAGCUUUUUUAAAAAACAGCAUUUCAUAAUGCAGCCUAUGCUGGCCUCUAAGUCAUGACCCUCUCCCACUUGCAGAAUUAUAGGCAUGUGCCACUGCACAUGACUUUCAUGUCACUAUUUUUUAAAAUUGGCAUUUGUAGUGAAAGAUUUCUGUGCUCUAUCUAUGCUGGUUUCUCAUUGUCCAUUCUAUACACUGCCUCUUUUUCUGAAUAUAGGUAUAAUUUUUUGUAUUAUCUUCCUAGUCUUUUUAAUUUUUUUAAAAGUUUAGACAGGGUCUCAACAAGAUAAGGCAAACAUAUACAUAUAAUAAAAAUAUAAAAAUCUUUAAAAAUAAGUAUAAAGUACAUAAACAAUUAGGUAAGCUUAUGGAGAGGUUGAUCAAGACACAUAAAUUAGGAGAUAAAAGAAUCCAUCUAGCUGCGCAGUGGUGGUGCAUGCCUUUAAUCCCAGCACUCAGGAGGCAGAGGCAGGCUUGUGAGUUCAAGGUCAGCCUGGUCUACACAGUGAGUUCCAGGACAGCCAGGGCUAUACAGAGAAACCCUGUCUCAAAACAACAACAACAAUGACAAAAAAGUUCAUCUAAAUUUUCUGUAUUUCAUUUUUUCAAGCUAUUUAUGUUCAAUAUACAAUUUUCAUUUGUUAUUUAGGAAGGUCUUUAUUGUAAAAAUAAUUCUUUUGUCUGAUAGCAAACAACAGCUACAAUAAUUAUUCUGGAUCUCCAAACUGGAUGAAUUGUAUUUCAUGAGACAAUUCCUUCUGCAUUUCUGGGGUAAUGUCCUAAUACUCCUGCAGUGUCUGUUGGAUUCUGACACAUCAGCAGACCUGAUGUCUACUUCCUUUAGAAAGCUGUGAAGUCAGAGAAGAGCUGGAUAGCUCUGCUGAUCCCAAAGCUUCUGAGGCUCCAAGUUUAGCAUUGUCUCUUCUGCCAGAGAACCUUAUUAAUGUAGCAUGUGGCUUUAUUACCUGAAUGUCCCUGCUGCUGGACACCAUCUUGCUGCCUAUUGCCUAUGUUACUGUAUUUUGAUGGUUGGGUUUCUUGACUAUCUCUUCCACUGGACCUGACCAGGAUCAUGGAUCGUCCCACAAGCACCAUGGCCCUUGUCUGCCACUGCCUAGUGGGCUGAUACACUUGUACACAUACUACCAGGUGAAGACAGCUGACCUUCAGAGUGGGAAGAGGUCCUACUGGAGACAUGAAGAGCUGUCUUGAGGAUAGGUGCUAAUAGGUGUGGUCAGUUCUCCAGCACCCCCUGUCUCAGCAAUCCUCCUGCCUCAGUCUCCUGAGUAUUGUGAUUAUAAGUGUUUCACCUCAUUAGGGCACCUUCUCAACUCACAAGGUGCACCUGUUUAACCUUUUUCAGGCAAAAUCUCCAGUAACAGAGGCUGACGAAAAGAUCUGGGAGCUGGGCAGUGGUGGCACACCCCUUUAAUCCCAGCACUCCGGAGGCAGAGGCAGAUGGAUCUUUCUGAGUUCGAGGCCAGCCCGGUCUACAGAGCAAGUUCCAGUACAGCUAGGGCUACACAGAGAAACCUUGUCUCAAAAAAACCCAAUAAAUCCAUAAGACCCGGGAAAGCACCUCAUGGACACUUCAUGCAGUGCUGUUCUUGGGCUCCAAGUGAUGCAGCUAGGAUAUGGCCUGCUUUCUUCUCCCUGUCACUCCAGAGAAGACCAAGUCCUGAAGUGGGGCACCAAACUUCCAGAUCAGCUUCCAAACAGGUCUCAAUGCCAGGCCUACUCAGCGACAGCCUCAUCGACUGCCUACUCAGUGACUGCUUACACUACUCUCAGGGGAGAAGAAAGGGUUGAUCCUUGCUGCCCUAAAGGGUGAGUUCAGGGACUAUUUCUCAAGGGGCUUUCCCCAGCUCCUCAUGCCCCCAACCUGGGAAGGAGAAAGUAGACUCUGAGCUCUGAGGACUGUACCAAGUCACCUGCAGGAGAACACAAUGCCAGACCCCAGAUACCAGUGUCUGUCUGUGAACAGGCUUGCUAUAGGCCCAUCCUCUGCAGAGUACCUCCUUCCCAAACACUAAUUGAUGUGGACUCUGGAUGAAGGCUGCCAGAGGGCAGUCUGUUGUUUUCACUCCUGGUGCUAAGAUUUCCUCAGGCAACUACCUGAUCAGGAGAGUGCAUAUGGACUGGGCUAUAUAUCCUGACAGUUCUUCCAUCUUUUCUCAUUGCCUUGUGCACUGGGGUCUCCAAGAUGAUUUAACCUGUAUUCCUUUUCUAAAUGGGCAUAUGGGUGAUUUUUUAAAAAAGCCCACCAAGGGGCUAGAGAGUUGUCUCAGAGGUUAAGAACAUUUGAUGCUUUUGCAGAGUACCCAGAUUCAGUUCCAAUCACCUACAUGGUGAUUCACAACUAUCCUCAACUCUAGGUCCAGGGGAUCCAAAAACCCUCUUCUGACCUCCUUGGGCACCAGGCAUGCACGUGAUGCACAUACAUACAUACAUACAUACAGGCAAAAACAACAUCAAAAGUCCCACCAAGUGUGGUGGCGAAUGCCUUUAAUCCCAACACUUAAGAGGUAGAGGCAGGUGUUUUUCUGUAAGUUGGAGGCCAGCCCUGUCUCAAACCCAAACCAAACCAAACAAACAAACAAAGGGUCCCAUGGGUCCUGCUCCAUCCACAAAUGGGCAGCCCUCACCAUGUCCUCAAGCUGAUGAGACCAGGCGUGGGCAGAGACCUGACAACACAGGGCGGAAGGGAGCUGCCAUUAACACUAAUGAAGCAGGCGGGCUGAAAGCUUUUUACUCUGAAGCUGUGUGCCCACCCAGGGAACAGUGCGUUCUGUUCCCUUGGUUUACAGGAACCCUAAGUGGAAAGGGACUUGGGGACAGGAACAAGAGUGGGGGGUCUUAAAGAAGGGGAAGAGGAGGUAGAGCUGGAGGGCUUGGUUUUAGCUGGGAGAGCUUUUUUGACCUGUCUUCCUAAGAAACCUGGGGUCUAGUUUUUUACUCUCCUCCUGCCUGGCGACACUCACUGGCCCUUUGGUGCCUUUGACCAAAGUUCCUGGAAGCGAAGGAAACAACAUGCCAUGAAGAGGCUAAGUGAACAUCUGUGGGGCCAGAAAUUAAAUUAAGAUCACCGGCCGCCUGCCUCAUUAUUGCUAAUGGUUCUAGCCUGACCCACCCCUAGUUUCUGGUCUUAUGGAAAUUUUGGGGUCUGGACACCCUAUCUUGUUCCCAAAGUCUAAUUGGUUCCUGGAGGCUUAUGCCAAAUUGGAUAGUCACUUCUCCCAGUGGUUCAGGUUCGAGGGAGAAAGCCCAACUGUGUCCCCGUUUUCCAGGGAGGGCCCCUCAUGCCCUGGCUGCAGGAAGCAGUCACGUGUGGGCCCUUUAUUAGACCCUGCCAUAUAAGCUCAGGACACCAGUGGCCAGGAGCUCUCUAGGCAAGGAUCGGCAAGCAAAGGUAAGUGCAAAGGCUAGACAGGAAUGCUAACUUUCUGGGGUUAGUUCUCUCGGCAUUUGUAGGGUAUGCUGAGGAUGAGGAGAGACUAAAUGGGGGGUUUUCCUGCCGAGCCAGGUCAUGCUGACUGUAAUGCUGCUGAGUUCUGCCCUGCUUCUGGCACUGCCUCCCACGCUGGGGGUCCAGAUGGGCUUGGCACCCUUGGAAGGCAUCAGAAGGCCUGACCAGGCCCUGUUCCCAGAGUUCCCAGGUCUAAGUCUGAAAGGCCCGAAGAGGACAACUGCAGACCGAACAGAAGAGGCCCUGCUGAGGAAGGCAGAAGCUCUGGCGGAGGUGCUAGAUCCUCAGAAUCGCGAGUCUCGUUCUCCGCGUCGCUGUGUAAGGCUGCACGAGUCCUGCCUGGGACAGCAAGUAUCUUGCUGCGACCCGUGCGCCACGUGCUACUGCCGCUUCUUCAAUGCCUUUUGCUACUGCCGCAAGCUGGGUACUACUACGAAUCUCUGCAGCCGCACCUAACCAAUGGAUGUUGGGCAAAGGCAGGGACGCGAAUAAAGGAUGGGACCAAUCCUAAAGCUGUGGUUAUUUUCAAUGUGGCUGUCGAAGGGUCGGUGGGCGCACCGAAGGGUAGGGGGCGUCGUUAUGCCGGAACUGCAUACACUAUAACCUCAGGGUCUAGGUUACUCCAUCUUCUGAGUCACGGAUCCCGGCGAUUUUUACGGCACCAGGCCACUGUUGGGGGGAAAGCAGGAGGCCACACACGCCAGCCCCAGAGAAUCUAGUGCAACAAAUGCAGGGAAGGCGGGCGCAGCUUAGCUUAUGGGGAGUAAAGUCUAGCUAGUGGCUAAACAUUGGUUUCAAAACCCUCCCUUCUCUGGACCUCGGUUUCCGUCUGGUUAGGAGACGGUCGCCGCAGCGUAAGGAACAGCACACAGGUUCACCUUGACCUGGUUGGCCCCAACAGAGCCAGACAGAAGCGCCUAACUCGGGAAAACUAAAUUGAGGGCCCCGCUCUAAUCCUGCGGGUAUUAGCACCACCACGCGGUCGACUUCCGCCAUCGCCGUUGCUUUGCUCUCGGCUGGGCGCCCAAGGCCCGCCUCGCCUUAGUGCGCAGGCGCCCGGAGGGCGGCUC